GCACUUUCAAUCAUAAUAAGUUGUAGGAACUGCUCCUGCCGAUCUGUCACACACUCAGUUCAAGUUUAUAAGGGUCAUUCGCAAAGGAAAUAUUUUGGUCCGCAGGUUAUUUGUGAGUGAGCAAACAGGUUUGCCAUGGCCCACUCCAACCCCUCAGCCUCAAGUGCAGAAGACAGAGGACUGUCUGAAGAGUUUGCAGUCCCCUCUCACGUGGAGGAGGUUAAGAAACUCAUGGCAGACUUUGCCAAACAUCAUGGGUCGGCUGGCCGCAGAGUAGUCCUCAUUACCUCUGGAGGAACAAAAGUACCUCUGGAAUCCCGAACGGUCCGAUUCCUGGACAACUUCAGCAGUGGUCGGCGAGGGUCAUCUUCUGCUGAGUAUUUUCUGGACUCGGGCUAUGCAGUGAUUUUCCUGCACAGGCAUCGUUCUCUCUAUCCAUACACUCGCUUAUACACAGGGGUCAAUAUACUGGACAGCCUACAAUUAGAGACUGAUAAAGGGGACACUGGUCAUGUACUGGUUAAUAAGGAAGCACUUCCAAACAUUGCCAAGGUUUUAAAGCGCUAUCAGGCGGUGAAAGUGUCUGGAUUACUACUUCCAGUGGAGUUCAACACAUUGUCUGAGUACCUCCAUCUUCUCAAAGCUGCAGCCCAAGCUUUAAGCUCCAUUGGGUCCAAGGCUAUGUUUUAUUUGGCUGCUGCCGUUUCUGAUUUCUACAUCCCAGCGUCUGAAAUGCCAGAACACAAAAUUCAGUCCUCGAAUGGGCCACUUCAGAUAAGUAUGAAGAUGGUUCCCAAGAUGCUGUCUCCACUGGUGAAGGACUGGGCUCCUCAGGCGUUUGUCAUCUCUUUCAAGUUGGAAACGAACCCCUCCAUCCUUCUGGAGAAAGCACGGCGUGCAUUAGAAACCUACAACCACCAGGCUGUGGUUGCGAAUGUUCUUGACACACGUCGCGGUUAUGUAGUCGUGGUCACCAAAGACACUCAAUACGAGCUGCUCCUUACAGACGAGGAAGUGCAGAAAGAGGCCGAGAUUGAGGACAAGAUCGUCACUAACCUGACCGCUGCUCACAGUCAGUUUAUAUCUCAACAAAUAUAAAAAACCUUGCUGCGAUUGCAUUGCAUGUAGACUCAAGUUGCUCUAUGCGGCAGAUCUAGCAUCAAGUUUUUUUGUUGUAUUCUAACAAUCAUGCUUCAAAUUUAAAAAAUAAAGUUGAUUCUGGAAAGCUGG